AUGGACGUCAGCACACUCGAGGACGCCCUCGCGCGCCUCGUUAAGAGGCACGGCGCCGUACGCGCUAAAGAGCUCGCGCUGCUCAACAAGGUGCAGCAGGCGCUGGAGCAGACGCAGGCGGCGCUUCAGGCGGAGCUGCAGGCGGAAGCGGCGGAACGCGCGGGGGUAUUGGCGGAGCGCGGGGAAAUGGGGGAAAUUGUGAGUGAUGCGAGUGCUGACGUGGCAGCGGCCGUCUCCAAGCCUAGCCUCUCCAGUGCUACUCUCGACAGCAACCCUGGCUGCCGAGCCGCUGUGUCGAGCCUUCUGUCCAGGCUCGGUAGCCUAGGUCCGGAAAAGGAGAUAGCAGCGCUGCAUAAGGAACUGCACGGGGCCGUGGCGCGGCUGAGCAAGGCGGUGGAGCGGGAGAGAGAGAAGGGCACGUUCGUUGCUGAUAUCGGAGGUGCUUAUAGAGAGGCCGUACAGUUUGAUCCCGUUAUAGUGCACCGCGAGAUCGCGAAGCAUCUGUUCCGCCAGGGGCUGUUCGCCGUGGGGGACGCACUCGUGGCGGAGGCGGGGCUGGGGGGCGCGGAGGGAGGGACGGAAGGGGAGCGGGAGGAGGAAGCGGAGGAAGGGGAGGUGCGGGAUGGGGAGGAGGAUGGGGAGGAGGGGGAGGCGAUGGAGGAAGAGGGGAAGGGGGACGAGCGGAUGGAGGUGGUGGGAGGCGCAGGGACGGAGGCGGACAUAGAAAGGGGGAGUAGCGGCAGGGCGGGGAGCGGCAGUGUGGGGGGGAUUGCGGGGGAGAGGGGCGGGGGGCUGUGGGGGGAAAGCGUGGCUGGGCGGGGCGGAAUGGCGCGCCUGUCAUGGUCAGCGCGGAGAAGAAUGGCCUCUGGCACUGGCGCUGGGGGAGGGGGCGCAGAGGCCAGGGCGGGGGGAGAGGCGAGGGGAAAGGAUGGGGGAGUGGUGGGCGCGCAGGGGGGCGCAGCAGCUGUGGCAGCGGCGGAGGGGAAGGGCGGAGUUUGGGGAGUGGGCGAGGGAGUGAGCCUGCAGGAGCACCAGCGCAGGUACGGCGCUAUGCACGCCAUUCUGCACGCCAUCCGAGUUAAGGACCUAGGUCCGGCGCUGGCUUGGGCGGCGCAGCAUCGGGAGGAGCUACAGCGGGAAGUUGCUGGGGGGUUUCCAGACGUGAAGGUGGGAGGGGGGGAAGGGGGAGGGAAGGCGCUGGUUGGAGGGCUGAAGACAAGCUCCUUGGAGUUUGAAAUUCAUCAACUGCAGUUUCUAAAUCUUCUACAGGAGCAGCAGAAACAGCUUAUAUGGAAGCAACAGCAGCAGCAGAACGAAGGCCCGUUUUCCAUGUCUGAUCCUGCCAUUGAUGAUAGCAGCAGCCAAUCACGACCCGCCAGCUCACCAGCCCUCCUGUACGCGCGUCAGCAUUUCCCGCCGUUCGCCGCCACCCAUCUCCCUGAUAUCCAACGCCUCAUGUGCGCUCUCCUGUGGAUUGGGCGGCUGAAUUUGUCCCCAUAUGCCGACCUCCUGCCACUCACUGCCGCCCACUGGGAUCAGAUCGCCGCCCGGUUCACCGCAGACUACUGCGCCGUGGAGUGCCUCGAAUCCGCCGAAAGCCCAUUGGCCGUCGUAGUGGCUGCGGGCGGCGAGGCCCUCCCAAUGCUGACAAAGCUCGCCGCCCUGCUGAACCACAGCAGCGGUAUCGGCAGCGGGGGAGGGAGCAGCCGGGCAGGCGGAAGCUCCACGACUCCUGCCACUGCUGCCAGCAAUAUCACUGCGCCUGGCACUUCUGCUGCUGCUGCUGCUGCUGGUGGUGGCACGGGCAGCAGCAGGAGGGCGGUGCGGGACUGGCAGGGCAUGGAGCAGCUGCCAGUGGAGAUCGAGCUGCCCCGCGCCUUCCACUUCCACUCCAUCUUCGCCUGCCCCGUCUCCCGUGAGCCCGCCUCCUACCCCGACAACCCACCCGUGCUGCUUCCCUGUGGCCACGUCGUGUGCCGUGCGUCCGUGCUGAAGCUCGCCAAGGGCGCCACCCGUCCCUUCAAGUGCCCCUACUGCCCGCUGGAAACCACCCCGCUUGACUGCCGCCCCAUCCAGUUUUAG